UUGUUAGAUACAAACUACAUUACCCAGCAUGCAGUGGAACAGCCACACUAGGGUGGAAAAAACUUUGACUAGUUUCCAAACUCACCAAGGCUCCUAAAAAUAGCCCAAAACUGUACCUUGGCGGGUUUGUACUUUGGAACCCCCCCCCCCCAGGGCUGUAAAUUAGUAGCCCAAUUUGGUGGGAAAACCACCAACCUGGCAACCCUGAGGGACAGGUUUCUCCAGCAGUGAAAGGGUUUGGGAGGAAUCAGUCACAUGAUCAGAGAGUCCCCAGUCAUUAUAUAAUGUGGGGAUAAUUACUCCACCAAUGGUGAAAUACUUUCUGCCCCCUUUUACAAGGAGUAGGAGGGGUACCUGUUACUCAGUACUGCUAGUUACCCACCCAGCUCAGUUAUUACUGCCUGGGAAUGAAUAUUCCAUUUUAGUAGGGAAAACCCCUGAAUGGGAAGCUGCAGCCUCCAUCUCCUGCCCCGAGCACAAGGGGGCAGUCUCUGCUGUUUCAGGGGGCACUGCCCGUCUCCCGUGUAACUUCUCCCCCCCUGUCGGCCCCCCGGCACAGGAAGCCAAAGUGGCCUGGCAAAAGCAGGAGGAUGAGGAGGAAGUGGUGGUCCAUUUCCAGAAUGGGAGAGAGAAUGGGGACUUCCAGCACCGGCGCUACCACAACAGAACCUACAUCCAACAGGACUGGUUUCAGCUUGGGGAUGUGGGGAUGGAACUGCGCAACGUGAGGGGUGGGGAUAAUGGAAUCUACGUCUGCUGGGUCACCCUCCUACCCCUGAGGCCGGAUUCCCAGCACCGCUGCUGUGAGGUGGCACUGACUGUAAUGGCCGCCUUUGUGACAGAACCAGAACCAGAACCCGUCGCUCUCUCCCCCCAGUGGAACCAUGUGAUCGCAUGGAUAAUGUUUAUAGUGACUGUAUCUCUGCUUCUAUUUCUGCCCAUUUGUUGGGUUUUCAGCAAUACCUGCGUACGGACUCUGCCCCCCCUCGUACAGCCUCUGAUGCACCAUCGCUACUGAGCUGGGGGCCCCAGCGAUUGCACACAAGGAUUUUCCCACGUUUUGGCCCCCUGUAAAAGGGGAAAUAUUCCCAUUCCUAAGUAACGGAUGUUUCUAUUUGUUCUGGAACGGCUCAGUAUCCCUCUUUUCUAUCCCCCCCCCUAUUUAUUGUUCUACCUGCUCCUUGUCCCACAGCGACUCCUACUGGCCAACACUGUGUAUUUAUUCCUGUCUGUGUGGAACUGGAUCACUUUGUGUUCUGGUUGGACCCCAUUUCUAAUUCAUGUUGGUAUGAGGCUGGGGGUGAUCUUUUCUUAUUUAAUGGGGGACGUGUAUAACAAACUGUGAGUAUAAUCCAAGGGGAAGUAAAACCUUCUCUUUCCUGCAGUUUCCAUUGGACAAUAAAGAAUGCUGUGUCCCCAGAACACA